AUGCAGUCCGAUGCCAAGCGAGCCCAUCACGAGACGCAGAAAGCAGUGACCCUCGAAGCCUUCGACAACUUUACUCGAGCUCUAUAUCAACUUUGGGAGAUAGCACCAUCCGCGAACGAAGUUCCCGUAGUCCUCGACGGUACAGGCAAUGGAGUCAACACCGAGAAAUUCCUUCAUGCGGCAGCGAUGAAACGAAUGAAAGACCGCGGAGAGUUCAACUGGGUCACGAAGUUUCUUCCAGCCUCUCAAGGCGCUGAUUUUUACGAGCCCGGUGAGGCAUGGCCUCCGAGACUCCCGCCCAUCAACAGUCCCGAACUCUGCCGUAGAGUCUUCACCCACCGCUCCUACGCUCCAACCGCUGUCUCCAACCCCGAUCCAAACACCCACAACGAGCGUCUCGAAUUCCUCGGUGACUCCUACCUCAACCACACCGUCACCCGCCUCCUUUACGAGCGCUUCCCUCACCGUCGUGAAGGCGAGCUAUCAACCAUGCGCGCCCACCUGGUCGGAAACACCAUGGCCAUGAAGUUCUCCGAACUCUAUCAAUUCCCUGGACGGCUCUUGCUUUCCGAAGGUGCCCAACAAGACGGCGUCCGAAACCUCCCAAAAGUCAAAGCAGAUAUCUUCGAAGCAUACAUCGGCGGCGUUGUCCUCGACUCCCCCGCCGGCCCGGACACAGUCUUCAUCUGGCUCAAACAACUCCUCGAACCCGAACUCCGCAUUGUUGACCAAAGCCUUAACCAAACCACCCAACUCGACCGCAUGGCAAAACAGACUCUCUACAACUUGCUUGGUGGAAAGCAGGCUAGGGUCGUGUAUCACUGGGUUGGUGGAAAGGGAGGUGGAGGUGCUGAUGGGGGGUAUGUCAUGGCUUGUUAUGUUGAUGGGAAGGAGGCUGCCCGGGCUCAUGCGAUGAAUCAGAAGGAUGCGGGGAUCAAGGCGGCGAUGAUUGUUGUUGAGAGGCUCAAGGCUGGGAAGAGUCCGUGGGCAGAGGAAGAGCAGCCGGACCGGUUUGAAUGA